AUUAUCAAACCUUAAAUGAAAAUCAAAUGAAGGUAUUUAAAAGACUUGAAACACAUUAUAAUAAUAUUAUUAUAGAUGGUAAUAUUGAGCCAUUAAGAAUAAUUAUCAUGAGAACUGCAGACACAGGUAAAUCAUAUCUGAUUAAUGCAAUUUGGCAACUACUUCAAAAGAUAGCAACUAGAAAUGGUAUUGAAAGCUUUUCUAUAAUUGUUCUUGUGCUAACUAGAGUUGCAGCAUUUAAUAUUCACAGGACAAUGAUUCAUUCGGCACUUUCUAUUCUAAUAAAUAGCAAUAAUAUUGAUAUAAAAGAUGAAAGUUUAAAGCAGCUACAAAAAAAAUUAAAUGGUAUAAGAUAUAUAAUAAUUAAUGAAAAAAGUAUAGUUGGAUGUUGCAUGCUGGCUUUAAUUGAUAUAAGGCUAUGUCAAGCCUUUCCUGAGAAUCAUAAUCACGUUUGGUGGAUGAUCAGUUAUAUUACAGGAAAUUCUGAAGAACAAUGUCACUUUAGAAACAUUUUAAUGUGUUUAUAUGAUGAUAAUAAUCAAUUUUCAAAUGCUACAUAUAUUCUACCUAGAAAAGUUGAAGUUAAUAAAAUUAAUAUUAACAUGCUAAAGUCAUUAAAUAGCCCUAUUGCUAGGAUUUAUACUAUUCAUACUGGUGGUAAUGAGGCAUCUAAGGCUGAUUCAGAUAUGGCAAAAGGCCUUGAAUCUCAAAUUCUGUUAGCUAUGGGCACUUAUGUUAUGCUUAGGGCAAACCUGUAUGUAGAGGCCUGGUUAGUUAAUAAAGCAAUAGGAACAAUCUAUGAUAUAUUAUUUGAAGAAAAUCAGGGACCACCUGCACUUCCUAUUGCAGUUUUUGUAAAAUUUGAUGCUUACAAUAGCCUCAUGAUUAUAUUCAUGGAUAAUAAAAGGACUAUUCCAAUUCCAUCUAUCAGAUGA